ACUCAAUCAUCCAUCCAUCCAUCCAUCAACCACCUCCCUGACUGGAUAAAACAUCCUCUCCAAUCCCCUCCUCCGUGCAGCUGCUACAAUCAGAAAAAGAAAAGGGAAACAAACAAACAAAUAGAGAGAGGUAAACCGUUUCAUUGACCUUUUGGCAACCUUCCUCCUUCAACUCGCUUCGGAAAUGAAUGCCUUCCGCCCACCAUCGCGUCGGAUCACUUCUCCAGCUCCUUCCUCCUCCGCUUGGACAUUGUCCUCCAGUCGUUCCACCCUGAGCUCGUUCCUCGAAGACGAAUAUGGCUACUACGGAUCGAUGGGCGGGACCACCGAUGGAUAUUCCGAACUCUCAAUGUCCUCGCAACUAUCGUCAUCGUCCAUAGAAGUCCAUUCCCAUUCCGCUCCGUCCGUCUCGCCACCCCACGCCUCCACAAAAUCCUCAGCCGGCAGAGUGCAGGGACCGAGUUCAACAACUGCCGGUGUGAAAGAAAACGAGCAGACCGGUAUCCCGUCGGAUGUUCUCCCGCGUUUGCAGGUCCUUCUCAAGAACCAGGUUCUAGUCUUCCUGGAGGGGGUCGAAUAUGACGACUUGCCUCUCGGGGCGAUGCUUCAUAAACACUCGUACAAACUCGCCGCCCGUAACGAGGAGAUACUGGAGGAGGUUCGCCAGGAGGGUCGCGCAAUGACUAGCGAGAAGGCUCACCUCCGGUAUUUCAAAGGGCUUUAUCGUAUCAUACGGAAGUCGCAGUUCUCGGGCGUUGGAGGAAAGCUUUGGGGAUUGUGGAAAUUGGAGACCAUUAUCGCUGAAGCCUAUAGAAGGUCCAGUAUUGAUCCGGCUAUCUAUGGUUACCCGGGACUGAGCAGUAGCGGAGACGAUGACGAUAUGGAUGACAGCGAAGCUGACUUGGGCAGUGAUGAGGAUGGGGAUGACGGCCUAGAUCUCUUUGGCAUUCAAGAUGAUACCGACGACACCGAUGACCCUUUUGAUUCGGAUGAUACGGACGAUAUGGAUGACAUGGACCAGGAAGAAGACCAUCCAAUGAUAAAUGCGGGCGGCAUAGGGAGUGGACCGAUAUAUGGCCUUCAAUUUGAACGGCUCUCGGGCCGAGGUUUGACAUUACUUCUCGACCUCUUGAGAGAGUUCGCUCUUAAUCGCUACCUUCUUGCCGCCUAUAAAUCCAUACUCGAGCAUGAACUUGCACGGCCCGAUGAGAUUUCUGAAUUGUUUGCACCGAAAAAACUUGCCAACUCUGCUGCUGCCAUUCGCGCGGUACGAGUGAAAGAGGCAUGCAUCAUCUCUUAUAUGCAGUCCUUGACUUUUCUUUACAAAUUGCAACUGCUGGUUGAGCACGAACGAAAGGAUCCCGAAAAGUACUGGGAUAAGGACUUUGAACACCCUGAUCGCGAAGAUGAGCCCUUAUCCCUGCUCUGGUCGAAAAGCAUGAUGACCAUGAUGAUGACCCAUUUCCAUCGCGAAGAAUCUGAUAGUGAGAGGUACUGGCAUCGGCAUGGCUUGUAUCAUGGUCAUUACCAGGAGGAUUGGUCAUACAAACUCAUGUAUAUGACGAAUUACUUGCGUUUUGCCGAGGCCACAGUACACGAUUGGUUUGCUGAUCCCGGCGCACAAGAAUGGGAGGGUCGUGAGAAGCAGGUAAAGACGGAAAAUAGAUGUUGGCUUUCUGAGUUUGGGGGACGGUUGAAGACGAUACCUUCCACUAAGAUGUAUGGCAACCGUGCUGCCAUAGUGGACUGGAUGGAGGGCUUUGAGAAGGAGCUGGUCCUGGAUACUUCUGUUAGCGAUCUUGAAGCAAAGGCUCUAGCGGGCGAGUAUUUCAAGUUGGUUGAUAUGGGGGACGAGUUGGGAGAUGCUACAACCCUGAUAAAGCGCUAUGGGGGGUUUGUUCGCAAUCCCUUUUUUUGGUCUCGUAAUAUAACUAAAUUUAAUAGGGCCAUCCAUAUCGGCCGGAAAAUUGCUGGUAAACCUGUCACUACGGUACUACGCCCGGGACAGGACAGGACCAGAUACGAUAGGAGUGUAGACUACGGUCAUAUCAUGGACUAUAUCCACCGCAAGAUGGUACAAGCCAGGUUCUCUCAUGUGGAUAAGAAAGCGCUACAGAACGUGGUUUUCACUUUUCGAGGGAUUCUACCAACCCUCACUCGUGAGGAUAUGAGGGAACUAGUUCACACCUUUGGCGGGUGGGUGCUGCUGCGGAUACCUCAUCACGAACGGGGCGUUAAUAGUGUUUAUAGGUUUGUCGAUGAAAAUGUCACCUCUCGAAUUGAUUACGUUGUUAUCGGAGUCAUGAACCCAUUAGACAACCUGCAGGCCUGGAACCGGGAUAUGAGAGGAAUUGAACAGCUAGGGAUCCGCAAAAUCGACGAGGACGGCUUUGCCGAGCUUCUGCUGAAGAGUCAACCCUGGCUCAGGAACGGCAAGAGAAAGGCAGCUAAUGGGUCGGCUGUUGGGGAGGUUUUCCAGCCCGCCAAAAGAAGGAGAUUGAAAAUACCUCUGUCGUUGCCAGAUCACUAUUACCAGAUAUGAGUUUCCUUGGUCCUUAUAGGCAUCUGUUUGGGUUUUUCGCCUUCAUUUCGUUUCUCCUUGUCUACCUGUUGGUUGUAGAUUGGUUCGGAGUUGCCGGCUUUAUAGUUGCAUCUGGAUUGCUUUCUUCUUUCCUUGUCUGGUUUCUUGGAGCUCUGGUCUGGGGGGUCUAGGUACCGAUUUACGAGUUGUACUAUUUUUAGUUGACCAAAAUAGCAACGGCUUUUACCAG